UCCGGUAGAUGGCAGUGUGAAGUCUGCGGCUGUCUCAUUGCCGUACGGAAUCGCUGCGGCCAUCGAUGACGUUGCUCUUCAGAUGAGUUGAGAAGCUGUCUGGUCGGUCGUCGGUCGGCCUGUGCUCGGCUCGCUCCUGGACGUGUGCAGCAACAUCCGCAUUUCCUGCCUUGGACACCAAAGUUGAUGAUCAAAGGCCCAACGCUACACAUACGGUCCUCAAAAGGAUCAUCAGAAGUGCCACCAUAAAAGAAUCAAAGACCAUGGAUCAGAUUUCAGUAAUCGUGAAAGAAGAGGAGCUUGAAGAGGAAGAAGAAGAAGAGGAAGAAGAAGAGGAGUAUGAACAGGUGAUCGUCAAAGUGAAAGAGGAGCCCAUUGACAAGAUGUCACCGUACCUCGAUGACGACGAGGAAGAGGAGGAUGACGACGAUGAGCUGGGGGAAGAGCCUGAGCAAAUGAAAGAGGAGGCCUGUAACGUGUGGGCGGUCCACGUCAAAGAAGAAGAGUGCGAGAGGCCUGUCGCGGAAGAGGGCGGUCCACUGAUGGUGAAGGAAGAGGAUUUCAAGUCCGAGUCUCUCCGUGAAAACGCUUUUCCUGGUGCGGUAGGGACAGGUGGCUCAAAUGACCCUCUGAGGAGACAGGAGGAGCAACCUUCAUCUUCUGCAUUGAGGCGAAAGAGAGGAGAAGUUGCCGAAAGUCUGGAUGACCUCAACGUCAUGGUGAUUCCCACUGACUUUCCAGAAAGUGAGGACUCCUAUUUCGAUUCCGGAUCAGGGACUCCCUACCAGCACGACAAUCUCCAAAAUGGCAGGGAUCGGGACACCACAGCCGAUAACGAGUUUAACGAUAACACCAAGAAUUUUUAUGAGUGUGCAGACUGCGGAAAGAAGUUCUUGCAAAAACGUUACCUCAGUAUUCACGAGAGAAGUCACACCGGGGAGAAGCCGUACCACUGCAAUGAUUGUGGGAAGUCAUUUGCGUGUAAAGCGUAUCUCCAGACGCACCAGAAGAUUCAUGCUGGAGUGAAACCGUACUGCUGCAGUGAGUGCGGCAAAACAUUCACACACAAGAGUUACCUUCGGCAGCAUCAGCGCAUUCACACCGGCGAGAAGCCAUACUGCUGCACUGAUUGUGGAAAAGCGUUUGUGUGUAAGGCGUACCUCCAGACUCACCAGAAGACUCAUUCUGGAGAGAAGCCGCACUGCUGCACGGAAUGCGGGAAGCGUUUUAUUCACAAGCGCCACUUCCUGGAGCACCUGAAGACACACAGCGAAGACAAGCCAUUUAGCUGCAGUGAGUGCGGGAAGAGUUUCACAGACAAAAGAGCCCUUCAGCACCACCAGAGGUGUCACACCGGCGAAAAGGCCUUCUUCUGCAAGGAGUGUGGAAAGACAUUUGCCUACAAGAACAGCCUCAAAUUCCACGAGCGAAUUCACACUGGGGAGCGGCCACACUGCUGUACGGAGUGUGGGAAGAGCUUCAUUCGUAAAAUUGACCUUCAGCGACAUCAUCUGUCGCACACCGGCGAGAGACCCUAUGGCUGCGUCGAAUGCGGAAAGAGGUUCACAAAGAAAAGAACCCUUCAGCACCAUCAGCGGCUUCACAGCGGAGACAAGAUAUUCAGCUGCAAGGAGUGCGGGAAGACGUUUGCCUACAAGUACAGCCUGAAGGGCCACCAGCAGAUUCACAACGGCGACAAACCCCAUUCUUGUAGCGAUUGUGGAAAGAGGUUCAUACGUAAAAACGACCUCUUGCAGCAUCAGAGAAUCCACACUGGAGAGAAGCCACACAGUUGCCCAGUGUGUGGGAAAUGCUUCCGAGUGGUCGGCGGACUGCAAGAGCAUUUGGUGAUUCACACCGGGGAGUAUCCGUAUUUCUGUAACCAGUGUGGGAAAAGGUUCAGACUGAAGGGGAAACUUCAGCAGCAUCAGAGGAUUCACAGUGGGGAGCGGCCAUUUUGUUGCCAAGAUUGCGGGAAGACCUUCAUCUACAGCCGGUACCUUCAACACCACAUGAAAAUUCACACCGGGGAGAAGCCGUACUCCUGCGUUCACUGCGGGAAGAAAUUUACACACAAGUGUAAUCUUCGACGACAUCAGGUCAUCCACACGGGAGAGAAGCGGUUCUUCUGCAUGGACUGUGGGCAAGGAUUCACCUAUAAAAGUACCCUGCAAGUCCACCAGAGGAUCCACACCGGCGAGAAGCCCUACUCUUGUCCCGAAUGUGGGAAGAGAUUCCGAGUAUCAAACACUCUGCUGAAGCACAGGAGAAUCCAUGCCAAGAACCUGGCCUCUAAAGAGGCAGAGAAGCUUGAACAGCUUGCAGGAGAGUGACCGCUCGGUCUGUGUUAAAGAUGUGACUCUUUGGGGGUUAAACAGACAAAUCUACAAGCUGUACAAGUGCCCACCCGCAUGAUCCGAGGCAUCUUGUCUGUUCUCGUUUAAAGGGAUUUCUUGGGUGGAAUCCUCCCUCAGUAAUCCCUGAAGACCAGGACAUUUGUGACUACAGAGCUGUCACAGAUCACUUCAAGUUCAUGGGUGAGCCCUGUGGACACUCGGACUACAAAAAUGAAGAGGAAGUUUUGUAAUAUAUUUGGAGCUAACUUCCUGCUUUAACCGUCCAGCUUGUGUUAAUUCUGUGCUUCGCCAUUUCCUGUGCAUGGAAAAUCAAGACUGUGGCUUCAAGGAGGGUAUGGGGAUGGAGGUUUUGAAGACUUAACGUGAGCUUUCCGAGUCAUCGCAAGUGUGCUGUUUCAGAAAUGUGAAGACGCUAAACAAUGGUGGUGGCGUCCGGGAUUGUUUUUGUAAAGGCGGAGACAAACCGGCUCACGACAAACAACCGCAGAACAAAAUAAAGAGUCAUGGAGUUCAAGCAGAAACCUUGAGAACUUUUAAAAUGGCGUCUGUAGAAGAUAUUAGAAAGCGUCACACUAUACAACUUCAAGUCGGAGAGAAUGUCACACUUAACAACUGGACUUACUGGAUCUGAUGAUGUUGAGUUUUAUGACUUUAAAUUAUACACGACCGGCGUCACACUACACACGUCUGAGUCGGUGAACAUGUCACACUACACAACUGGAUUUACAGGACCUCAUUGCUUUGAAUUACAGGACUUGGAAUCACAGGGAAUGACCGUUAGGCUGGUGUCACACUACACAACUUCAAGUUGGAGUGCAUUUCAAAUUUUAAAACCUUUAGUUGCCGAGCUUCUUUUCUACAUUACACGAAUAGGACUGGUGCAGUAUAAUGGAUGACACAACUCCUUCACAACAUUUAUCUAAGGAUUGCCAGCUUACUGCAUGUUGACAGAUCAAUUAAUGUGCUGCCUUUAGCCAACAUCACGCUACAAUACUUCAAGUUGGGGAAAAUAUCUGAUGAAAACUGGACUUGCUGUGUUUGGUCUCUCUGAAGAGGUCAGAUUGCAUGCCUAGGAUUCACAUAGGAUUACGGUUUCCAUGAUUCCAUUGCAAAUUCUCAGCAGCAUUAAGUUUCUGAAUUAUCACAAGUUCACUGUAUUUUGAGAGCUACUUAAUGUCCUGUGUUAAUUCAAAUGUCAUUCUACCUGAUUUUGAUGACUUUAACUGGUGAGCGUCUAACGACUAAUGAAGUCUAUGACUCCCUUGUGACUUUUCUACCCAGUUUCUAAUUUUAUAAGCUUCAAAAACUCAUUGUAUUUUGACACCAAUUACUAUGCUGUCUGAUUCUGGCAUUACACUGCCGACGUCAAGUCAAAGAGCAUGUCACACUUAACAGCUACACCUACUGGGUCUCAUUUCCUUAAAGGCGUCUGAUCUUACAAGUAGGAGUCACCAUAAAUGACCGUUAGUCCAGCAUCACACUAUAUGACUUUGAGUUGGACAGCAUGUCACACUUAACAACUACAGUUGGUGGAUCUAGUUGCCUUGAAGAUCUCAGAUUACAAAUCUCUGAAUGUCAGGGUCUUACUGAUGACAUGACUCUCUUGUGACUUUUUCUCAAACUUCUAAUUUCCAACAUAUUCUGAGUUUUCUGCAUUUUGACAGCCACUUCAAAUGCUGCCGUAAGCCGGUGUCACAUUAUGAGACUUUGUCUCGAUUCGGGACUUUAGUUGCAGGACUUUCUUGCUUUGAGAAUGUCACAUCUCAGAAGUACCAAUGUCAGGAGAUCAUGAGUCACUUGACACCCUUGUGAUACUUCUGCUCACCUUCUAGUUUCCACAGUAUCUCCAUCUUGUUGACAGUCAGUUAUCAUACUGGAAUGAGUUGGUGUCACAGUAUGCAGACUCCAAGCUCGACAGCGUGUGACGCUCAAUGACUGCGGUAGCUGCAUCUCAUUGCCCACCACGCAAUUAGGAUUUGCAGGCAGUGAAGGGUUACACAACUCGCCCACAACUUCUCAGCACAGUUUCAGAUUCCCUUUUGUACCGUAUCAAGGGGAAUCAAAAAGUAAAGGCAACUUCCCCUUUAACAUCAGUACCCAUGAGUAGCCCUAUCACUUCUCCAUGUCGUGUUCCUGUCGGUUGUAUCACUUCCACUAAAUUCUUCAUUCCUUGGUAGAAGAAGAUCCUUUCUGGCUGGCCCCAAAUCCAGGUCAACACCAUACCCUUAACCUUAUAAGACCCCAAUCCCUGACGCGGUCAAGUCAAAUCCACACUGAAACGCUGCUCUCCACCUAAGAGUUGAACUUUUCUUUCACAUCAAUGGCAACUCCUCCACCCUGUUGGUUUUGCCAGCCUUUCCUGACUAAUGUGUAUGCAUCUUGGUGGUACAUCUGCCCGACUCUGCACCGAGUUAUUUCUAAAUUUACAUUUUUUUUUUGGGCUGAUUUCUUUAUCCUAAUUUGUGAUACAAUUUGUUCCAUUUCAGGUCUCACAGAGAAGAUCACACCUAUGAAUUUAUGUCCUGGUGAGUCCCAUGGGGAUGUCACACUACACAGGCUGGAAGUCAUCGGUGUGUUUGCCUCACCUCUCCACGAGUUGUAAAUAAAGGUGAUGGCUGAAAAAUCGUGUAGUGUGAUGUGUAGCCAACCGAAUGAUCUCGAUGUCCUGAGCGUCUCCUCUUGUUUGUCAAACUUCAUUUUUGUAAGAAUUAAACACACAAGGACUAGGGGGUACCUGAGGGGUAAAUCUGAACAACAUACCAGCCAAUGACGUUAGAGAUGCCAUCGAAGGAUCACACCUGAAAAAUGACAAACCGUCUUUGCCCACAUCGUGAUUUUCUUCACCCUUCACAUCCAACGCCAGUCUGAUCUCUAAUAUCAACGCAGUUUUUUUGGGACAAAUCUUCAUUUAUGUAAAUCUACGGAUGCAUUUUUUUGAUCUCCUCUGGAAUCGUUUGCCACCCUUGGAUCUUUUUUCCGCCCCUCACCACACAAAGACUUGCUUAUAAUUGAUUUUCUUCUAUUGGACUGGAGCGAUUCUGUAAAUAGCGUCGUAUUACUGCCGUUCUUGUUUAUCGGGUGUGACAUCGUGGCAGGAUUUAUACAUUAAAGUGCUUUGUUUGUUUGUGUACCGUAAUAGCGGUUUAUUAUCUUUACUUAUCAAUACAAUACCCUUUACUGUUUUACUUCCUUGGCUUACAGUCUGUUUUUUUUUUCGGCGUCGUUUGCUAAUCGAUCUUUUGUGUUCCAGUGAUCGACGGGUUCGCCAAAUGAGUCUGAAGUGUGUUCAGGCUGAUGGAGUCGUCAGAAGAGGUUUACCGGAGAGCGUUGUGAAUUUGACAGAUUUGCAUAACAAAAGGUAAAGAAAAACAAGACUGAGAAAUGAAGAGCUGAAGGGUCAAGACCAAGAAGUCAAGAUACGUGAGGCUGAAUCCUGACUAUUUAAUAUCCUUCCCUUAUCUCACUAGUAACUCAUUUGUUAAUUUCCUCUCCAUGUCAUACCCACUUUACAUUUAUAACAUCAUCCUUUAGCUAUGACUGGCAUUAAGGAUGUGGGUGAGGAAUGCAGGAGUAGAAAAGAGCCAGAUGAUGAUGAUGAUGAUGGAAGGGGCCCAAAUAUCUGUGAAGGAGAUGAUGAAG